GAAACAAAACUAAAGGGUCCUUGGAAAUCCAAAGAAAGAAUAAACCCAUGCCUUGGUCUGCAUCCAUUGCUGCUAAAGCCUCUCCUCUCUCGAUUGUUUAACCAGAAUUUUCAUGUUGUAUCGAUGGUAAUGGGCACGAACAUGCAUGUGCGCACACCGAACAUAUCGUUAUUUCUUCUGCUUCUGUCUUUAUUACAAUUGCUCUUCUUCUCAGCCGGUGACCAUACAGAUAUGGAGAACCUUUUGAUAUUCAAGGAUUCGUUAGCAAACCCUGCAAAUCUCAGAAACUGGAAUGCUUCCAUUCGACCAUGCAACGGGAAUGAAGCAAAUUGGAUGGGAGUGAUCUGCGUUGGAAACAAAAUAUGGGGUCUGCAACUUGAAAACAUGGGCCUAGGAGGGAUGGUGAAUCUUGAAAUCCUUGAUGAAAUGCCUACACUGCGCAUUAUAAGCCUGGUGAACAACAAUUUUGAGGGUAGAAUCCCUGAAAUGAAGAAAUUAGGUGAGUUGAAAGCUUUGUAUUUGUCAAACAAUCACUUUGCUGGGGACAUUCCUGAUAAUGCAUUCCAAGGUACCAGAUCCUUGAAGAACCUGUUUCUGGCGAAUAAUGGUCUCACCGGUAAAAUUCCGUUGUCGCUGGCGACAUUGCCGAAGCUUUUAAUCCUGAAACUGGAGGGGAACCAGUUUGUUGGUCGGAUACCUGAUUUUAAGCAGAAAGUGAAGGUGGCCAACUUUGCUAACAAUGAGUUAGAAGGUCCUAUCCCUGCAAGUUUAAGCAGCAUGAGUGCAAGCAUAUUUACAGGCAACAAAAACUUGUGUGGACCACCUCUGGAGAUCAAAUGCCCUGUGACCAGUCCUCCACCACCAACCCCACCACCGACCGCCGCCUCAGCUAGCCGCCCUAGCCCCCAAGUUUCACCCAUAUACAAAAGGACAACAUCAGCUCUUGAAAUUGCAUUGAUCUUGUUAUCUAUACUGUUACUAUUGGCACUCAUUGCAGCAAUCAUUUUCAUUCUGUGCAAAAGGAAACAAAAACGUGGAGUCUCAAAGGAAUGGGAUGGUGAUGACUCCUACAAGUUGUCAGCUUCCAGUGUCGACCAAGACAAGAGCAAGUUUUCCGAGUGUGGAAGCAUGGUGAAGAGGAACGUCGACUACGGGAAAUUAGUUUUCUUGAAGGGCGAAGCCGACAGGUAUGAUCUGCAUGAUCUGUUGAAAGCCUCGGCUGAGGUUCUUGGGAGUGGGAAUUUUGGAGCUUCAUACAAGGCAGUCAUAAUGAGUGGAGAAGCUGUGGUGGUGAAGAGGUAUAAACAAAUGAACAAUGUGGGGAGGGAAGAUUUUCAUGAGCACAUGAGAAGGUUAGGAAGGUUGAACCAUGAAAACCUGCUACCACUUGAGGCUUAUUACUAUAGGAGAGAAGAAAAGUUAUUGGUUUGCCAUUUCAUGGAGGAUGGCAGCUUGGCCAGUCAUCUUCAUGGCAACCAUUCAUCAGAUAAACCUAGUCUUGAUUGGCGAACUCGAUUGAAGAUCGUAAAGGGUAUUGCCAGAGGUUUAGCUUAUCUCUACAACGAACUUCCCAGCCUAGUCGUGCCGCAUGGUCAUUUGAAAUCUUCCAAUGUGCUUCUAAACGAGAAUUUCGAGGCUUUGUUGUGCGACUACGCUUUAAGACCAGUGAUGAACCAGGAACAAGCCCACAUGCACAUGACUGCUUACAAAUCACCGGAGCAUGCCAUCAAUGGUCGCAUCAACAGGAAAACCGACGUGUGGUGCCUAGGAAUACUGAUACUAGAGAUCUUAACAGGUAAGUUCCCAGAGAACUAUCUAACACCAAGUUAUGACAGCUAUACCAAUCUAGCCACAUGGGUGAAUGAGAUGGUGAAGCAGAAGAGAACCAGUGAACUGUUUGACAUGGAGAUGUUGGGGACUAAGAACAGCAAGGGACAAAUGAUAAAUCUUUUGAAGAUCGGGUUAAGUUGCUGUGAAGAUGAUCCUGAGACAAGACCGGAGUUGAAGGAAGUAGUACGAGACAUUGAAGAGUUGAAAGAUAGGGAUGAGCGUGAUUUCUCGUCAACAUUAGGUGAAGUAAAUGCAGUGAUCUCUGGUAGAAAGGCGAGGGGUGAAUCAUUUUCAUCCUUUAAUCUUUGA